AACUCUCUCCCCUGCCCGCUCUGCGGUCGCUUUUAUAUCCUCCACCCGCCGUCAACCCCCAAAACUCGCCCACGGCCAAGAUGAUGCCCAAUCCACACGUCUACGGUCACCACCAAUACCCCCAGGCCGACUCGGCCUGGAUGCACCAGCAGACGUCCCACCAACACCACGCCCAAGCUGCGGCCGCCGCUGCCAAUGUCGCCCAGCAGCAGCACUACAACCGCAUUGCCAGCGCCCACAACACCGCCGGCGUCUUGGCCCAGGCCCAUGCCCAGGAGAGCACCCUCGAGUCGUCCGUGUCCGAGGACAACCGUCGGACGCUGCAGUACAUCGCCGACCUGCUGAACGAGAACACGCGCGAGGGCGCGCUCUUGGAGCUUAGCAAGAAACGAGAGCAGGUCCCCGAGCUGGCCUUGAUUCUGUGGCACUCAUUCGGGGUUAUGACAUCGCUGCUGCAAGAGAUCAUCAGCGUUUACAACCUCCUGAGCCCGUCGCAGCUCACCGCGGCUGCCUCUAAUAGGGUCUGCAAUGCGCUGGCCCUUCUCCAAUGCGUCGCAUCCCACAAUGAGACGCGCACUCUCUUCUUGACUGCGCACAUCCCCCUCUAUCUCUAUCCCUUCCUCAACACAACAUCCAAGUCGCGACCGUUCGAAUACCUCCGGUUGACAUCACUCGGUGUGAUCGGCGCACUGGUCAAGAACGACUCGUCCGAGGUUAUCAACUUCCUCUUGACCACCGAGAUUAUCCCGCUGUGUCUCCGGAUCAUGGAGACGGGCUCCGAGCUCAGCAAAACGGUGGCCAUUUUCAUCGUCCAGAAAAUCCUGCUCGACGACAACGGCCUCAACUACAUUUGCGCCACCUACGAGCGGUUCUAUGCUGUGGGUACGGUGCUCAGCAACAUGGUCGCUCAGCUGGUAGAGCAGCAGACCGCGAGGCUGUUGAAGCACGUGGUCAGAUGCUUUCUCAGGCUCAGCGACAAUGCCCGUGCGCGCGAAGCCCUCCGGCAAUGCCUCCCCCAGCCGCUCCGCGACCAAACCUUCUCAGCCGUCUUGCGCGACGACGCGGCUACGAAACGCUGUCUCGCCCAGCUGCUGAUAAACCUGUCGGAGAAUGCCAUGGAACCAACCGUCGGCCAGCUUGGACUCUGAAAACACCCCCAAAGAUAACGCCACCGCCGGUGGUCUCUCUUAUAACAGCUCAGCUAACAGCUCCAAAUCCUACCGCCACGCGGCCAGCCGCGCUCGGCUAUGGGUCACAUUAGCUGGAAUCCCAUGUUAGUAUAAUCCACAGAGAUCGGGAGGCAUGAUCGCUUUUCUUUGUUACGCCAGGGCCGGCGGAAUCCAAGACGAGUCAGGCAGGGAGUCGGACAGGCAGCGCAUGCCUGGGGUAGGAAAACGGGUUCUCAGGCGUGGGAAAAAGUUUCUUGGAAGGGGGGUGGGUGGGUGGGAA